CUAGUUAUAAAAGUGAUUGUGUGUCCGCACAAUGACUUGAGUUGUUGUCCAUCAGAAUGACUAGAUCAACUUCUUUGCUUGUGGCAGUCCCUCUUGCCUUCGUUUUAUUCGUCGCUCUGGCGGUUCCUGAUAGUCUUGGGGUCCAAGGUCAAUCAAGCAAUUGUCCAACCAUUCCCGAGGUUUCGGAUGAAUGCCUGUGCCAAGAAUCGGCCAAUUGCCCAAUGAUCCCCGAGGUCUGCUUCAAAUCGGAGAGUCAGAACACGAAUUGCCCCGAAAUUCGAGCAGAUUGUCUGGAAGAAGACCCACGAAUCCGAGUGGUCGACCAGAACCUCCACAAUAAGACCUUCAACGCGAAUGUGAAGACGUGUCUACUCACCAAAAAGUACGAACGACUCAGUGACAUUUGCGAUGACUUGGGCAAAGCCAUAAAAGUGGCCAUGCCUUUUAUUAUCAAUCGAGUCAGCCUUGGGGACAAUGAAUGCAUCCUAAACGCCGGAGAGAAGGUCCUAUGUCUGGCCAAGAUCCACGACAAAGAUUUGUACUGUGGCCUUGUCAGGGAAUUCAAAUUCCGAUGAGUCCUCAAAAUAACUUUGAAUCAUGAUGUUAUACGUUAGUCAAUAAAUGUCUGUUCCAUUUGAAAUUUCA